CACGUUUCUUUGACGUGCUUUUACAGUAUUUUAAUUUUUCUGCAUGUUUAAAACAAAAUGUAAAACCUAACAUUCAUCCAAACAGUUUAAAAUAUUGUGGUUAAAAUGGGGAAGCGAGUUUAUAAUGCUAAGGCUCGCCAAGUUGUUAAAACUAGCAUAGAUAACACCAAAACCAAUGAGAUCAAACUAGAAUUUGCGAACAACGAAUAUGGAUCGCCUGAUGCGAGUAAUAUCCUCGCUCUGCCUGCAAAGAAGAGAGAGACGAGAAUCAUCAAUGAAAAGAAGGAGAAAACACGAUUCCUCUCAAAACAGCAGAGGAAACGGCUUGAAAAGAUUGUCGACAAGAAAAAGAAAAAGGAAAAUAGAUCGGCUCUUCUAGACUCCCUCGCUCAAGUCCAGGCAUCGCAGGAAGAGGUGAAUCAGAUGACAACAAUCUCGACUGUACAGACUCUGGGUCUACGAAGGCUUACGGAUCUAAGUACCGUUGCACCUGCACAAGAAGCGGACACUAGCGGGAAUGAGAAGAAAUUUAGUAGCAUUGCUGGAGCAAAAAAACGAUUGCGCCUUCUGAAACUCGAUAGUGAGGAGAAAAAGAAGAAAUCUAAAUAUGACCCCAAUGUAGUUGGUCUUGAAGAAUCUUCAGAAGAAUCAAGUUCGGAAUCUGAAGAUGAACCAGAGAUAGUAGAAGAAAAAGUAAACACUCAAAACAGCACUCUAAAUGAUGUUAACAAAGAUGAAACUGUAAUAAUCAAAGAUGAUGAAAUUAAAAAUAAAAUAGAUGCUGAUAGUAUCCAAGAUUUGACGGAAAAAGGGCAUAAAGUGUCAAGAAAUGGGAUAUUAAAAGUAACACUAAAAAAACCAGAAAAGGUUAAAGAAGAAGUUAAAAAGCCAAAGUUGGAACAUCCAACAAUUGUUGUUGAAGUAAAAAGAGACCCUAAGAUUCAGGUAGCGAGGCUGAAACUCCCGAUUUUGGGGGAAGAGCAGAGAAUUAUGGAAUUAGUCAAUGAAAAUGAGUUUUUAGUUGUUGCGGGUGAAACAGGAAGCGGUAAAACCACCCAAAUACCCCAGUUCCUCUACGAAGCGGGGUAUGCUGAGCACAAAAUGAUAGCAGUGACCGAGCCGAGAAGAGUAGCCACCGUUGCCAUGGCAGCGAGAGUCGGGUACGAGUUGGGGUUGAGCAACAAGGAAGUGUCUUAUUUGAUGAGAUUUGAGGGCAAUGUCACUAAGGAUACGAAGGUCAAGUUCAUGACUGACGGUGUCCUUCUAAAAGAAAUCCAAUCAGAUUUUCUCCUAAGCAAAUAUUCUGUAGUAAUAAUCGAUGAAGCACACGAAAGGAGCGUUUACACUGAUAUUCUACUAGGGCUACUAUCCAGGAUAGUUCCUCUUAGGAGAAAGAGGGGUAGUCCUCUGAGACUCAUUGUCAUGUCUGCUACGCUUCGGGUUGAAGAUUUUACGGAAAAUACUAGACUUUUUAAGGAACCACCGCCAGUUAUUAAGAUUGAAUCCAGGCAGUUUCCUGUGACAGUGCAUUUCAAUAAGCACACAUACAGCGAUUACCUAAAAGAGGCGUUUAAGAAGACCGUCAAAAUACACACGAGACUCCCUGAAGGUGGCAUUCUCAUUUUCGUCACCGGACAACAAGAGGUGAACUAUCUAGUCCGUAAACUGCGAGCCUCGUUCCCCUACCGCAAAGACGUGGAUUAUACAAAACUGAUCACCAAGAAGAAGGCCGUGAGUGAAGAAGACGCGGCUUUGGACUCCGAGCCUGAGGAUAUUGAGUCUGAUGAUGAUGAGGUUGAAAAGGAAAUGAAACGAGCACGCAAAGCCCGAAAGAAGGCAAAGAAGAAGUCUAAAGCGCUGCCCAAAAUAAACUUAGACGAUUACGACAUGCCUGAGGACGACGGACAAGCGGACUUGGUCGGGAGCGAUGAAGAUAGCGAGGGGCAUCUGAGCGAUUCAGAUGCCGAAGAAGACACUCUAGCACCCGCAAUAAAAUCCUGCCGGCAACCCCUAUGGGUGCUACCUCUAUACUCCAUGCUAUCUUCAGCCAAGCAAGCCAGAGUUUUCGAGCCAGCGCCCCCUGGUGCGAGAAUAUGUGUAGUUAGCACGGACGUCGCUGAGACCUCGCUUACUAUACCGGCCAUUAAAUAUAUCGUGGAUAGCGGGAAGAAAAAGAUGCGUGUCUACGACCACUCAACAGGCGCCAGCGCAUGGCGCGUGGUAUGGACAUCGCAGGCCUCCGCCGAGCAGCGCUCCGGACGCGCCGGGCGUACGGCACCCGGACACGCUUACCGGCUCUACAGCUCCGCCGUCUUCCAGCACGAUUGUCCGGAACAACACCCGCCGGAUCUCUGCCGAAGGCCGGUCGAUGACCUGGUGCUGCAGAUGAAGUGUAUGGGGAUUGACAAGGUGGUGAAUUUCCCCUUUCCGACGGCGCCUGAUCGGAUGCAGCUGCGACUGGCCGAGAAGCGGUUAGAAGUGCUGGGGAUUCUAGAGAAGGUGGACACCAAGAGGAAAGAUGAUGAAGAGGUUCUAAAAGUGACGCCCCUAGGGAAGGCGGUAUCUGCGUUCCCUAUACUUCCACGCUACGGCAAAAUGUUGGCGUUGAGCCACCAACAGAAUCUCCUGCCUUACACUAUUCUCUUAGUGUCUGCUCUUACUGUUCCUGAGGUGAUGUCCGGCAAACCGGACAACUGGCCGGCGACGGGAAACUUGCAACUGCUGGGCGAUCCAGGCGUGUUGUUACGGGCAGUGGGCGCGGCCGAACAUGCUCACUCCAAUGGCGAAGAGGAACUUUUCUGUGCGAAACACGGGCUUAGAGAGAAGGGCAUCAAAGAGAUCCGCAAACUUCGCAAGCAGCUAACAUCAGAGAUCAACCUGAGCGUGGCCAACGUAGAUGUGUCCGUUGACCCCAAGAUGGCGCCACCCGACGAUAGACAAGCAAGAUUGCUACGACAAUUGUUACUUAGUGGGCUGGGAGACCAAGUUGGAAGGAAAAUAGGACUGGAUGAAGUUAAAGAAGGCGAAGACAAACGUAAAUUCAAGUACGCUUACCACUGCGGCGAUCUCGAAGAGCCAGUCCACCUCCACUCAGAAUCCAUACUGCGUCGCACCAUUCCCGAAUGGGUGGUAUACCAGGAGCUAUACGAGACUGGUGGUGAAGAGAAACGGAAGAUGGUUAUGAAAAACGUCACUGCUAUUGAGCCGGAGUGGCUACCAAACUAUGUGCCGCAGUUAUGCAAUCUUGGCGAUCCUCUAACUGAGCCGGAGCCAAGAUUCGACGACAAGUCUGGUCGAGUGAAGUGCCACUUUAAAGGCACCUUUGGCAAAGCUGGCUGGGAGUUACCUAUGGUCGAAAUAGAUUUCCCUGACAAAAUCGAGAGAUACAGAUGGUUCGCCCGUUUCCUCCUAGACGGCACAGUAGUACCCAAGCUCAAGAAAUACGCCAGCUCUUUACUGUCACCUCCCUCCACCAUGGUCAAGAGCUGGGCUAAACUUCAGCCAAGAACGGAGAUUAUGUUAAAAGCGCUCAUUAUGAAGAGAGUGGGGAACAGAGAGACGUUGUUCAACAUGUGGGAAGAACAAAGCAAUUAUUUACUGGACGAGUAUUUGAAAUGGCUACCAGAAUCAGCUCACAACGAGGUGACGUUAUUUUGGCCGCCACUAAAACCGUGAAUAUUACGUAUAUAAAUAUACUAUGUUAAUAAUAGAAAU